AUGCUUCUCGCGCUUUCGAACCUCUCUGAUGCGCUUCGGCGCAAAUCAAAGUUAGUGGCACUGAUCUGCCUUCUCAGCCCAAUGCUGUCUACGUGCUUGGAUACCACGACCUAUGACCUCAUUAUUGUCGGAGGUGGUACGGCAGGUUUAGUCAUAGCAGAAAGGGUUUCGUCGAAUCCCAACAUAUCUGUUGCUGUCCUCGAAGCAGGUCAAUGGGCUGACAGCGAUACCGUUGAAAUCCCAGCUCUCUUCGAGAACUUCAUUGGGGACCCGAUCGUUGACUGGGGAUUCACGUCCACGCCGCAGGGACAUGCAUUGAACCGAACUAUGUCGCUUCCUCGAGGCAAAGCAGUGGGUGGCACAUCUGCUGUGAAUGGAAUGUACUAUGUCCUGGCCUCAGAAAAAGAGUACAACGUCUGGGAGGAUUUGGGUAAUACGGGGUGGAACUGGUCCACCGUUCACUCAUACGCAAAUUUGAUGGAGACUUUUACCCCUGCUCCCUCUGAAGACGCGACGAAUUUCGGUGCUAUAGAUGUGUCUGAGCACGGUUCCUCCGGACCUAUCAAUGUUUCGUUCUCGAAUUAUUGGGCACCUACUGAGGUAAAUUCUGCUUGGGCUCCAGCUCUCUCGAGCCUGGGAAUUCCUAUCAACGAUCAAGCGGCAUCCGGAAAUACCCUCGGGUCCUGGCAAGCACCAUGCAGCAUCAAACCAGAUAAUCGUUCCCGAUCUUACGCAGGAGACGAGAUUUUUAGGCCCGCUCUUGGAAGAUCAAAUCUGGUCCUCUUAACAGGCGCAGAAGUCACAAAGAUUGUUCUCGACGAAGAACUCUCAUCAAAUGGCAGCGUUGUGGCCACCGGUGUAGAGUACAUCGACUCCAAUGGGGCCACGGACACUAUUGGACUCUCUUCAGGCGGCGAGGUUAUUGUCUCAGCGGGCACAUAUCAAUCCCCAAAGAUACUAGAGUUGUCAGGGAUUGGGAAUGCAACAAUUUUGGAGCAGUACGGGAUCACAGCUCGUCUUGACCUCGACACUGUAGGGGAAAACUUACAGGAUCAUUACGGUGUACUGACUUCUUUCGAGUUAAAGUCUGGUACUGGUCAAACAUACGAGGACCUCAGCAGAAAUACCACGUUCGCUGCCCUUCAAGAGGAUCUGUACACCACAAACCGCUCAGGUGUACCAUCUACGACUCUCGCAUUUUUUGCUCUGCAGGACAUCGUCGACGCCGAGACUUUACAACAGCUGCUUGACUCUCUUGAUUCAUACCUUGGCGGUUUCGCAGGAACAGCUUUCGAAAAGCAGCUAGCUGCCCAAAGAGAUCUUUUUGUGGAUCCUUCUGUGCCAGACUUUGAGCUCGUCAUGCUUCCUGGACUGAAUGACGCAACCCUAACAACUGAUCCGAGCAAGGAAUACCUCACCAUUUCUUUCAAUAGCAUACGCCCAUUCUCCCGAGGUCGCGUCCAUAUCAGCUCUUCCAACGCAUCGGAGCUUCCCGAGAUCGACGUCAAUUACCUUGGAUUCGACGCUUUCGACGUAGCGAUGAUGGCGGCAGGCGCCAGCUUCGUUGUGGAUAAACUCGCUCAGACGUCUCCGCUAUCCGACUAUAUUGAUACUGUGUUGCGACCAUUAACUAACUCCACUGAUGAUGACCUGGCACAAUUUGUCCGGUCCUCCGUUUUCAGUGUGUGGCACCCAUGUGGUUCGACUUCUAUGCUUCCCGCCGAUCAAGGGGGUGUCGUCGAUUCACAACUUAAAGUAUAUGGGACAGAAAACAUCCGAGUCGCGGAUGCAGGGAUCAUCCCGGUGGAAGUGGGCACACACACGAUGGCGACGGUGUAUGCAAACGCGUUAAAAGCUGCAGAACUUUGGCUUUGUUUGAAGGACGGUUCUAGCCAACUGGAAGUCAGCUGCGACAGCCUUUGA